UGGUAGGUUUAGGGGAAAGGGUGGGACAGGACAGUUAGAGGAGGUGGUAGCCGUGACAAAGCAGAGAGAGUAAAGAGAGUCAGGCACCCAAGGGGGAGAGUAACGAGAGGGGAACAGCGAGAAUCAUUUAACAGAGGAUUGGUUGCGUUACGGCCUCCCAUCUAGCCCCAAUGAGAGCCUCCUAGUGCACCAAGAGACAGGGGAAAUAUGCGGUUUCCACUGCUGUGGUUGAUUUGUCUGUUUGUAAGGCUGAAAUACUGCUACACAGCUGACCCAAUAGACUGUGAGACGGCGGGCUGGAAGUGCCACCCCCGUGCCGAGUGUCUGCAAGUCAACGCCAACGUCACCUGUGUGUGCCGUGAUGGCUACCAAGGAAACGGGCAAGAAUGUGAAGAUAUCGAUGAGUGUCUCAGUGGCCUAAGCGACUGCCACCCCAACGCACUCUGUAAUAACACCCUUGGCAGCUACAGCUGUGCAUGCCGGCCUGGGUACAUCGGGAAUGGCUUCCUCUGUCAGGAUAUCAACGAGUGCCAAAGGGAGAAUGGAAGGUGCCAUUCCAACGCCACGUGCAUCAACUACGAGGGUGGGAGUGGUUGCCAAUGCAAAACGGGCUUCAGUGGCAAUGGCUUUCAGUGCACCGAUAACGACGAGUGCUCUUACCAGCGGAUUUGCCACUGGAACGCAACCUGCACUAACAACCCGGGUUCUUACGUGUGCACUUGUAAUGCUGGUUAUAAAGGCAACGGGAACUACCUAUGUCUGGACAUUGAUGAGUGUUCACAGACGCCUGUUGUGUGCUCAUCCUCGUUAGGUUACAGAGGCUGCAAGAACUUGCCCGGCACCUACCAAUGUACAUGUAGCACUGGUUACCAGAACAACGGGAACUACUGCCAGGACAUUGACGAGUGUGCCGCUAAAAGGUGCAGCCAGUACGCGGAUUGCAGGAACACCUUAGGAUCGUACAGGUGCACAUGUACACCCGGCUUUGAGGGCAAUGGACUAUCAUGCGUGGACGUCAAUGAGUGCAAUGGCAUCCACAACUGUCACUCCAGCGCAGUCUGUAUCAACGUCGUUGGCAGGUACGAAUGCUCUUGCUUGCCAGGUUUCCUUGGAGAUGGCCAGAAUUGCCAGGAUGUUGACGAGUGCAUAACGGUCGGGAUCUGUCCCGCCGGUGCCGUGUGUGUCAACAACCCAGGUUCAUACGACUGCAACUGCGGUCGCGGCUACCUCUACAACAACUCAAUGUGUCAAGACGAGGAUGAGUGUGCAUCAGGACUCUGCAGUCCCUAUGCCAGCUGCACCAAUUUCCCGGCCUCCUUCAACUGCCAGUGUAAGCCCGGGUUCAACGGCGACGGCCUCAGCUGCGUUGAUGAGGACGAGUGCUCGAUGGCCCGGCAGUGCCACGCCAAUGCCGUUUGCAUCAACCGGCCUGGCUCUUACAACUGCAGCUGCGAAGUGGGGUACUCCGGAGACGGUGUCCUUCGCUGCACAGACGUCAACGAGUGUCUGGUGGACAACGGGGGCUGUAGUAACCUGGCGACCUGUGUCAACGCCCAGGGCUCCUUCUCUUGUCUCUGCUCCAACGGCUUCACCCUGGUCAACAAGACUCUGUGUCAGGACGUCGACGAGUGUGAGGAGAACAGCGUCGCAUGCAGUGCUAACGAGUGGUGUCUCAACACUGCAGGGUCUUACGAGUGCCGGUGCCUGGCCGGGUUCUACCGCCCGGGUGGCCAGGUGGGCUGCGCCGACGUGGACGAAUGCAGGAACAAGCCGUGCCACGCCAACGCCACCUGCCUCAACGCAGAGGGCUCAUAUGAGUGCACCUGCAACGGCGGUUUCUCAGGGAACGGCACACAUUGUAAGGACGUAAACGAGUGUCUGGCGGAGGGCAGGUGCCACCAGCGGGCGCUGUGCAUCAACGCAGAAGGGGGUUUCUCCUGUGUCUGUCAGCAAGGGUUCGUGGGCGACGGCUUCUACUGUGAGGACGUGAAUGAAUGCCUCUUCAACGCCACCUGUCCACCCAUCUCCACCUGCAUCAACUCCCCCGGGGCCUACGUCUGCUCGUGUCUGAACGGCAGCGUGGCAAUCGAUAGCCUCUGUUUGCUACCCAGUUCCCAGUGCGACCCCGCCUGCCAUCCGCAUGGCCUGUGUCACUCUUCGCCGUCCGGCUACCAGUGUGUCUGUGAUCUUGGAUACAUGGGCGAUGGUCUGAUUUGCUCGGACAUAGAUGAGUGCCAGUUGGAAAAUGUCUGUCCCCGAAAUGAGACGGAAUGUGUAAAUAUCCCAGGAUCCUUUGCCUGUAUCUGCAGGGCUGGAUUUAUACUGAACGAGACAAAUUGUGUUGACGUGAACGAGUGUGAGUCCCCGGUUCGUCGCUGUAGUGAAUUUUCCAGUUGUGAGAACACCAUUGGAAGCCAUCUGUGCCGCUGCCUCAGUGGCUUCGCCGGCGACGGAAUCACCUGCUUGGACGUGGAUGAGUGCCAAGGGGACAGCGCGGGCUGCCAUCCCGCCGCCAGCUGCGCUAACACACCUGGUUCCUUCCGCUGCACCUGCCAGCCCGGCACCGAAGGCACUGGCUUUGAGUGCCGCGAUGUGGACGAGUGCUCCCAGAAUGCCACGCUGCCCCACAACUGCAGUGUCCACGGCGUCUGCGGCAACACGGACGGGUCCUACCGCUGCUGGUGCCAAGAUGGUUACCACGGAGACGGCUUCGACUGUGUAGACACGGAUGAAUGCCGGUCUGGUGUUAGUGUGUGCGACAGUAACAUGACGUGCCACAACACCCUGGGUUCCUACACGUGCACCUGUGUCCUGGGGCUGGCGUACGAGCAGGGCACGUGUGUGAGCCUCAACGAAUGUCAGAACGCCAGCCGAUCAUGCCACCUGAACGCCAGGUGCUACGCUGACCACAGCUCCUUCUACUGCCGCUGCCGCGAAGGCUACUUUGGCGACGGGACCGACUGUCGGGACGUGGACGAGUGUGACAAGGGAUUGGCUGAGAGCCCAUGGGACGCCUGUCCACCGUCUUCCUCCUGCAUCAACAGCAACGGCUCCUACGUCUGCGAGUGCUGGGACGGCUUCCGCAGAGCUGGAAAGCUUUGUCAGGAUAUGGACGAGUGUGCCAGUGGCAACUUCAGUUGCCCAUACAACAGCACCUGCCAUAACGUGGAUGGGGGAUACCACUGCCCCUGUGUGCCAGGCUUCUCCCUCGUCAACGACUCUCUGUGUUUGGACGUGGACGAGUGCUCUCUCGGCCUGGACGACUGCCCCCAUGUGUCCGACUGCUUCAACACUGUGGGGUCUUUUUUCUGCGAUUGCUGGCCUGGUUACCAUGGGAAUGGCACGGGCGCAUGGUGCAUGGAUAUCGACGAGUGCCUGGGCAACUCCACUUGCCCCGAGCACAGCACGUGCAACAACACAGACGGGGACUUCCUGUGCACCUGCGACUCUGGAUUCUCAGCCAUCAACCACCUGUGCGUGGAUGUCGAUGAAUGCAACACGACGGAGCAGGCUCAGCCCUGUGCCAAUGGUGUGUGCAUGAACACCCUCGGCUCAUACUAUUGCGAAUGCACAAAAGGCUACUGGAGCAACGAGACAGAGUGUGUGGAUGUGGAUGAAUGUUCAGAUCUCCUCGACCCCUCCGUAGACUGCCAGCCCUUCGCCACGUGCGUCAACGCCCCCGGGUCCUACGCCUGCCUUUGUGAUGAAGGGUUCACUCUCAUCUCGACCAAUAGCACCAGCUGGAUCAAUAGCACCAUAAGGACCAAUGAGACCAUCUUGAUCAAUUUAACCCCCUCAACCAAGGGCUCCACCUUGACCAGUGAGACCCACUGGACCCCCCGGACUGAGUGUCAGGAUAUCAACGAGUGCGCGGGCGACCCCUGCCCUCAGUACGCCACAUGUCAGAACGUUGAAGGGUCGUUUCUGUGUCUGUGCGAUGAAGGGUUCUUGCCGGACUCACUCUCGUAUCUGUCCUCUAACAGCUCUGAUAACGGGUCCACCGUGUUCAUGCUCCAUGGCUGUGAAGACAUAGAUGAGUGUGCCAACCACAGUGCCUGUCGUCCAGAUCAGGCGUGCGCCAACCUGCCCGGAGGGUACAUCUGCUCUUGCAGAGUGGGCUAUCGUGAGGAGAAGGGAGCUUGUGUUGAUGCUGAUGAAUGCGGAAGUGUGCAUCCCUGUCAUCCCUGGGCACGCUGCUGGAACACAGAAGGCUCCUUCUCGUGCCACUGCCUGCCGGGCCACAGGGGCAACGGUACCUGGUGUGAAGAUGUGGAUGAAUGUGUGGCCCUGAGCCGGCCGUGCCACCCUAUGGCCCGCUGCCGCAACACGCUGGGCUCCUUCUGGUGCCAGUGCGAACCAGGCUUCGCGGCUCUGGGGACGUUGUGCAUAGACCUGGACGAGUGCCUGCAGACGAACGGGCCGUGUCAACCCGGAGCGACCUGCUCCAACCUCGUCGGGGGGUUUGACUGCCAGUGCAAACGGGGCUGGGACCCCACAGCGGACAUGGUCAAUGGGAGGCGAGGGUGUCUGGAUCAGGACGAGUGCACAAGGCCCGCCGCCUGCUCUGGCACAGCUCUGUGCACCAACCUGCCGGGGUCUUUCCGGUGCUCGUGCCCCUCAAACGACGCAGAGUGUGGACACAUGGCUCUGGAGGAGAGCGAGCUGUUCCCGUUUGGAUCAGAGGUUGGGGACGACCAUGUGGAGGUCAGCUCAGAAGACGGGAACUCCCCCUUCAUCACUCCCCCCCUGGGCCUUCCCUUCAUGGGAAAACUGUACAACAGGGUUUUUUUUUCAGACAACGGCCUUGUCCAGUUCCAGUCCGUCUCCCAGAAUGAACAGCGCCUGUUACCUGUCCCUUUUCCUGCGGGUUUCCAUGGCAACGAGGGCCUGGCCCUGUUGGCGGUGUUCUGGGACGAUGCUGACCUCACGCUCGGGCAGGGGCGGCUGCUCUACAAGGAAUACAGCUCGCUGGAUAUGUCGGACAUCUACUCUCAGAUCGUGUUUAACCGCACAGCGCGGGCCGUGACAGAGUUCGAGGGGCAGAGGGGCCGACCCUCCUUCACCCCCGCCUGGAUCCUCAAGAUCACCUGGGACAGCGUGAUGGCCAUCUCCUACCAGAAGGUCAACCUGUCAGAGACCAACACCUUCCAGUGCAUCCUGACCACGGACGGCGUGCGCACCUUCGCCCUCCUGCACUACGGCGCCAUGCGCUGGGGCCCCGGCCAGCGCAUCCACCAGGACGCGCUCAUCGGCUACACGGACGGAGGAACCCACUACCACAACCACAACCGCCCGGCCUCCGCCGCCGACCCCACCGCCGACCCCACCUCCUCUAUCAACCCCACCGCCAUCACCGCCUCCAUCACCGCCACUACCGGCCCGCCACCAGCAGGGCCCUACGAACCCGGCGGGCGGUACCGUCCCCAGCACACGGUGGGCCCCGGGGGUCGCCCGGGGCAGCUGCUGUGGGACCUGAGCGGCCCCGACCCACAGGAGGAGGAGGCGGGGGAGGGGGCGGAGGUGGACCAGCGGCUGCGCUGCCAGACCUGGGCCCAGAGCGAGCCCGCGCCGGCCGAGUGGGCGUCGGAGGUGCCGGCGUGCCCGUGCACGCGCGCCCAGGCCACGGAGGACUUGGCCUUCCUGCCCCAGACGGUCCGCCCCCGCCUGCCGCAGGUCCGGGCGCUGAGGGACCAGCGGUGGGGCAGCGGCAGCGGACACGUCUUCCUGUCGGCGCUCCCUAACCGCUGGGGCUCCGGGAAGACGUGUGUGUAUGACCCCCAAGGGGAGCUGCAGGGGGGCUACAGCGAGCGCUACUUCUCCGCGGAAGACACGCAGAGACACAUCGAUGAGGAUCUCUUGCCCUUCCAGUGGUGCUGCGUUGAGUCUCCUCUGUGCCAUCUUUACCUCACCAAGAGGCCCCUAGAUCGUUGCCAGGGUUACGGCUGGGUCAGCCCUGAACAGAGUACUCUGGCCAAGAAGUCAACACAGGGUGUUGCGAUGGUAUACGGCAGCCUGCAUUUCAUCACCUUUGAUGGGUUGCGUUACUCCUUCCGGGCCCUGGGGGUGUUUGUGCUGCUGAGGCUGUCCUCAGCGUUGGGUUCAAACAGGUUCACCCUGCAGGGGGAGAUGGGCAGGCUGCAGCAGAGCGGGGGAAGGCCCGCAGAGGCUCCGGUGUUGGUGAGGAUGGCCGCCUACCACCAGGGCAUUGGCAAGGUGGAGUGGAAGUGCGCAAACCAAGGAGACGGACUGGAGUUGUUAGUUGGUGGUGUGAGUGUUCCAGUCACCAUAGGCGUGGUCCACAGGAGCGCGUGGGGCUUCAUCGUGCGCUGCGUGUCUCUGAGCCGCUGCGCCGCCGUGUACGCCGGGGGUCUCCACGCCAGGGCCUGGCGCGUCGGCGGCGGCGGCGGGGGGGGCGGCUGUCAGCUGGGGGCCGUGGUGGAGGUGCCCCAGGCCUUCUACAACCGCACCGUGGGCCUGCUGGGCCUCUGGAGCUCCACCCGCGCGGACGACCUGCUGAUGUCCAACGGCAGGGUCCUCCCCCAGGCCAGCCCCGACCCCCGGCCCGAGGACCACCUGCACACCUUCGGCAUGUCCUGGGAGGUCCCCAUCCCGGAGACCCUGCUGUCCUCCGUCCUACCCCCGCUGGUGCCCCUCCACGGCCCGUCCCCCCAGGAGCUGCUGGCGGCCGUGAGCCCGGGGGACCUGGCCCAGCUCCAGAGGGCGUGCCACGGCAGCCCCGAGUGUGUCCACGACACCCUGGCCACGGGCAGCCCCGCCCUGGGCCUGCAGAGCCUGGAGGCCCAGGCCCGCUACCGCUACCUCACCGCGCUCUUCGGCAACAUGCCCCCAAUAGUAGUGGAGCCUAUGGUGAUCCGCGGCAAGGUCGACUCCAGGAUGGGCGUCCAGCUCCGCGCCAUCGACGCCAACCAAGACCCCAUCACCUUCUCCUUGCUCUCCCCUAGACCACGAAUGCCCUCCAUCAACAGCAGUGGGUACCUUACUUGGUUGCCGCAGGGCGCCGAGCCCGUGGAGCUGAGCGUGAAGGUCAGCGACCCGCUCGUCAGCUCCCUGUUCAGCCCGGUCCUCCAGGUGUGCAACUGCCUCAACGGGGGCACCUGCCAGUACGACGCCAUCACCCACAACUACCUGCAGGGCAAAUUCCAGGUGGUGGGCUGUCUGUGUCCGGAGGGCUUCAGCGGGGAGUUCUGCAGGGUGGUCUGGGACCCGUGUCUGGGCGAUCCGUGUUUCCCAGGCGUGGAUUGUCUGCCCGGGGCCGAGCCAGAGAGCUUCUCCUGCGGAGAGUGUCCCUCGCCCAAUGUCUACCAGGGCAAACAAGGAUACAAGUGCUUCCAGAAGGACUUUUGCCUGCCUCCCUCCCCUUUUCCCUGCCAUGAGAUGGCUGACUGCGACAACAAUGGCUACAGCUACUCUUGCAAGUGUAAACCUGGCUACACCGGGGACGGAUUUAAUUGCACAGACAUCGACGAGUGUCAGGACCCCUCUGCCUGCCCCAACGCCAAGUUUGAGUGCAUGAACCGGCCUGGUUCUGUGCACUGCUCCUGUAGGUACCAGAAGAGUAUGGCGGCUGAUGGCUGUGGUGAGUCAGCAAACCCUCCAGGUUUUAAUGUGUUUAACGUCUCCAUGGACUGGAAGGAUCCCACACAGGAUAUGCUGACACAGUUGGAGGAGAUCCUGUCGGUGGGCUUCCAGAACAAGUUCUACAACGCCAGCAUUAAGGGCCCGCGGCAGGGGUCCGGGCCGGGGCCCGGGGAGUACCGCAUCAACGUGUCCAGCGACACCCCCGCAUGGUACAUCCAGGAAUACCUGGGCCGCGUGGGACGCUUCUACGGCAUCGGCCUUCCCGAGGUCGGAGAUCUGGACGAGUGCGCGGCCAAGGAGGCCGCGUGCGCGUGGCCGGCCCUCUGCGCCAACACCUACGGCGGCUACAGGUGCGUGUGCAACGGCACCACCGAGGUGGACGAGUCCCAGGCCUGCGUGUUGGGCAGUCAUGUUAUCCAAGGAGGGAACGAGAGCAGUGUGGUGGAGCCUCCGGAGGGGGACAACACAGCCCUGAUCCUGGGCCUGGUGCUGGGCAUUGGCAUCCCCUUCCUGCUGCUGCUGCUCGCCCUGUUGUGCUUCUGCUGCUGCUGCCCCCGCAAAAAGACCGCCCCCAGAGAGCCGUCCCAUUUGCUGCCUGGGUACCUGCAGUACAUCCCCCCGCCCUUCAACUACUCUGACCCCUCCCUCCAGUACAUCAGCCACUCCUGCCCCCGCUCCCUGGACACGCCCCCACCCAGGAGCUACCAUCACACCAAUCAUAUAUAUUCGUCGGCAAGCUGAACACACAAACACACACACAAACACACGCACACACACACACACACACACACACACACACACACACACACGCACAUACAUUCUAGCGCAAACACAGUCACACAUACACAAAGACCAACUGACACAGCACAUGUAAUAUGAUCAAAUGCACACAAAGUGCAGCGGAAGAAAAGCUAGAAAAGGCAAACAUGCACAGAUGUGCGUGUGCAUGCACACUCACGUGUAUUAACAGCCAUUUGCAUGCUCACAAACAUUCUCCCCCGCUCACCCACGCACCUGACAGGUGAUUGGGCAUUUUAAGAGCCGUAAUGGCCUUAUAAUGACAAGACGGAUGACUUAUUUAUGCCGCAAUGUACAAACAUUUAAGCCUGAGUGACUUUGAAAGUCUAUUAGAUCCUGACCGUUAAUGCAGAGAGAGGGGGCCUGCCAAUUCCUCCAUAGGGUCUGACCCAGCAAAACCAAUAGCCCUCUUGGCUGGGAGACAUUGAUGAAAAGAAAACCACUGCAGUGGUCUUCAGGUUCCAAAUGACUCUGACAUUUACCCUUGAUACGCCUUUAUCUUUAGCCAGACUUCUUUUUUUAAAUGGUGCAUCAACUAUAGUUUAGAAAGGAAGCAGUGGAUACCCUACAUGUAAAGACCUAUGCAAAUUGCAGUUUGUGUAUAUAUUUGGUGGAUAUUGAAAUAUUUCAUUUUUUUUAAAUGCAUCGAAACAUAUUGCAUUUUAUAUAUUUAUCUUGUUGGGAGUUUUAAUAAAGAUGUCUAAAAUCUCUUAUAUUUAAAAAAAGUCUCUGAACCAAAAUUGUAUGGAUGUUGCCCAUUCCUGUGCAUUAGUGCAUUAGUAAAAAUGUAAACAAAUUGAUUCUAAGUGAAGAUAAUUAGUCGUGGAUUUUAG